AUGAUUCUGCAUGCUCGUGCUGGUGCCCCUCUUUGGCUUGGAUCUUGUGAGAACAUUGGCACAGAAGGAAAAUCUGUGAGCCAAGCGGCGCUUGUGAUCCGCCACCUCCAUCUCAAAGGUAUCGUUCACCGCGCUAUCAAGCCUGAGAAUUUCCUCCUCAAGGAUGGAAGACUUUCGUCCCGGGGCUGUGUCCUUCACUGGUGCUGUCCAGUGGGCAAGCGUCAAUGCCCACUUGGGCAUGGAGCAGAGCUUCCGGGACGAUGCGGAGUCUCUGUACAAGAUCAUGGGCUACGCUUUUUGGAACCUGGCCGUGGCACAAAGGUUCUUCUUUACCUCCUGACGGGCUCCCUUCCGUGGGACGAGGAGGAUGAGAUUGGCCAAAAGAUCAUGCGGAAGGUGGCCACCUGCGCGGAGGAGCUCGCUGAAGAAUGCCCGCGGCUGGGGUCCUUUUGGGACGACUGCCGUGGGCCAGGGCCGAGGAGUUGCCGGACUACGGCCUCCUCCGGAGCACCUUGCCGAGUUUUUUUCCACUGUUGCGCGCUUGUUUUGCCUAUGAUUUUUGUGCCCGGUGGAUUCUGCCUGUGCUUGCCGGCGCCCUUUUUUUUUAGCCACUGCCUCAACGAGCUGAUCAAAUGA